AUGAAAACCCUCGUGGCAUUUCUGGUGGUGCUGUCCGUCUUUGGCAUACAAUCUCAGGGAGAUGAGGUGUUUAACAUCUUCACUCCAGGCAGCAAUGGCGGCAAUGUCCAGGAGACAGUGACCGUUGACAACCAGAAGAACACUGCCACCAUUAACAUCCACGCAGGGUCAUGCUCUUCGACCACCAUUUUUGACUAUAAACAUGGUUACAUUGCAUCCCGGGUGCUCUCCCGAAGAGCCUGCUACAUCCUCAAGAUGGACCACAAAGCCAUCCCUGCUCUGGACCAACUCCAACGGUACAUCUAUGAGAAGCAGGCAAUGAACACCAUGGCCUCCAACGAGUACACUUGGGUCAGGUACAACCCUCUGAAGUCCCUGAUCAUGAAGGCGGACUGGUUCCUGUUUGGGUCACCUAUCGAGCAGCUGUGCAAGCACAUCCCCUUGUAUGAGGGGGAGGUGGUGACAAAGCCAAAAGAGGUGGACACUGGAGCCUGUGCAAAGGUGGGGCUCCUGGGACUCCUGGGAAUCUCCAUCUGUGCAGGAAUUCACGUGUAG